AUGAAGUUCGUGACAGCUAGUUAUAACGUCGGGUAUCCUGCGUACGGUGCAAAAUUUUUGAAUAACGACACAUUACUUGUGGCAGGCGGUGGAGGAGAAGGAAACAAUGGCAUACCAAACAAGCUGACGGUCUUGCGCGUGGAUCCUACCAAAGAUACUGAGAAGGAACAGUUUCAUAUAUUGAGCGAGUUUGCAUUGGAAGACAACGACGACUCUCCUACUGCAAUUGACGCUUCCAAGGGUAUCAUUUUGGUUGGCUGCAAUGAAAAUAGCACUAAGAUUACCCAAGGUAAAGGUAAUAAGCACUUGAGAAAAUUUAAAUACGAUAAAGUGAAUGAUCAAUUGGAGUUCCUCACUAGUGUAGACUUUGACGCAUCUACAAAUGCGGAUGACUACACGAAGCUGGUUUAUAUUUCACGAGAAGGUACCGUUGCAGCUAUCGCAUCAUCUAAAGUACCUGCUAUAAUGAGAAUCAUUGACCCGAGCGACUUGACAGAGAAGUUUGAGAUCGAGACUAGGGGUGAAGUAAAGGAUUUACACUUUUCCACUGAUGGUAAGGUUGUUGCUUAUAUCACCGGUUCUAGCUUGGAAGUGAUUUCAACAGUGACUGGAAGUUGCAUUGCUAGGAAAACAGAUUUUGAUAAGAAUUGGAGUUUAUCUAAAAUAAACUUCAUAGCCGAUGACACAGUAUUGAUAGCAGCCUCUUUAAAAAAAGGGAAAGGUAUUGUGCUGACCAAAAUAAGCAUCAAAUCAGGAAACACUUCCGUAUUAAGAUCCAAACAAGUGACAAACAGAUUCAAAGGGAUUACUUCUAUGGAUGUCGACAUGAAGGGUGAAUUGGCGGUACUGGCAAGUAAUGACAAUUCCAUAGCUCUUGUGAAACUAAAAGACCUGUCAAUGUCUAAAAUAUUCAAACAAGCUCAUAGUUUUGCCAUUACAGAGGUCACUAUCUCUCCGGACUCUACAUAUGUGGCGAGUGUUUCGGCAGCCAACACUAUCCACAUAAUAAAAUUACCGCUUAACUACGCCAACUACACCUCAAUGAAACAAAAAAUCUCUAAAUUUUUCACCAACUUCAUCCUUAUUGUGCUGCUUUCUUACAUUUUACAGUUCUCCUAUAAGCACAAUUUGCAUUCCAUGCUUUUCAAUUACGCGAAGGACAAUUUUCUAACGAAAAGAGACACCAUCUCUUCGCCCUACGUAGUUGAUGAAGACUUACAUCAAACAACUUUGUUUGGCAACCACGGUACAAAAACAUCUGUACCUAGCGUAGAUUCCAUAAAAGUGCAUGGCGUGCAUGAGACGAGUUCUGUGAAUGGAACUGAAGUCUUAUGUACUGAAAGUAACAUUAUUAAUACUGGAGGGGCAGAGUUUGAGAUCACCAACGCAACUUUUCGAGAAAUAGAUGAUGCUUGA